AAAAAUAUCAACUAACGUCACUAUAACAAUAAAGAAAUAAGUAGUAACUAACAGGUAACUAUAAUGGCCAGUCGUUGGAUCAUCAGUUUAGUAUCAAUUUAUUUAAUUAAUCAGUGUUACAAUCAUGAGUGUAUCGGCCUUACAACAGAACCAAAGGUCACGACGCCUCUUGGAAAAAUAAUUGGAACCCAAAUGGUCUCAAGGCGCGGCAGAAAUAUAAAUGCAUUUUUGGGAAUUCCAUAUGCUCAGCCACCAAUUGGACCUCUGAGAUUUAAAAAUCCAGAACCAGUUAAACCAUGGAUUGGAACGUUAAUGGCCACUAACGAUGUGCCGGUUUGUGGACAACGAGACGAAUAUACAAAUAUUCUUUUUGGUCAAGAAGAUUGUUUGUAUUUAAAUGUCUAUACACCUAAAUUAGAUCCGGAUAAAUUACUGCCAACGAUGGUUUAUAUUCAUGGGGGUGCAUUUCAAAGAGGCGACGCCAAACCAACAUCCCUUGGGCCAAAUUAUUUACUUGAUAAAGAUAUAGUACUAGUAACAAUUCAGUACCGUCUGGGUGUUACUGGAUUUCUGAGUACAGGUGAUGCAACAGCACCCGGAAAUUUUGGAUUAAAGGAUCAAACUUUAGCGUUGAAGUGGGUACAAAGUAAUAUAGAUAACUUUGGUGGUGAUCCUGCAAGUGUUACACUAUUUGGACAGAGUGCUGGUAGUGUUAGUGUCAAUUACCAAGUGCUCUCUAAAAUAACAAAAGGAUUAUUUCAUCGAUACAUUGCACAAAGUGGUAGUUCACUGUGUCCAUGGUCUUUCGCAAACUCAACUACUUACCAAAGUUACGCUUAUAGCCUCGGAAAUACAUUCGAGUGCCCCAACAAAACUUCCCAAGAAUUAAUUGAAUGUUUAAGACAAGUUCCUUACUAUAGUUUAUUUACGAAUGAUAUAUUUGGUGGUAUGCAGAAACUUUCAUUAGUUACUUGGGUACCCUGUAUUGAGCCAGACAUUGAAGAUGCACUUAUCACUGAGCAUCCUUUAAAAAUUAUUUUGAAUGAUAAAAUCCAAGAUCUUCCAAAUAUCAGCGGUGCUGUUAAAAAUGAAGGACUUAUUCUUUCAUCAGUUUUAUAUGCCAACGAAACGCUCUAUAAUGAUUAUGUGGGUGACGUUAAUCAAUUUUUACACUUUAUGACUGCAUCGUAUGUUACUGACGGUGAUUCAGGUCGACUGGCGGAUAAUUUACAAAGUUUUUAUUUCGGUGAUAUUGAUCUUGUUAAUAAAACUCAGGUUAUUAUGAAGCUGACAGAUUUAAUUGGUGAUAUUUCAUUUUUGUUUCCACAAAUGUUACAAUUACAAUUAGUGAGCAAGAGAAUGAAACAGCCGUCGUAUUUUUAUACUUUUGAAUAUCGUGGAACUUUUAGUAAAACCUCGACAAUUUUAAAAAAUAAUGACAAUGUGGGAGUUAUUCAUGCAGAUGAACUUAUAUAUUUAUACCCCUUUACGCCAGAUUAUUUUGGACUACCGGAUCUAGAAAUGAAUGAGAAUGACGAAAAAAUGAUUGACAUUCUCGUUGAUUUGUGGACUAAUUUUGCUAUUUAUGGAGAACCAACGACAACUUUUAAUGAAGAUCCAAAUUUUUGGAAGCCUUAUUCAGAUAAUUACUUCCAUUUACAAAUAGGAUCCGAAAAUCAACCGGUUUUAUUAAAAAGCCACAGUUUUUUGGAUGACCGUAUGCAUUUUUGGGCAAUGCAAAUUUUGAAAAUGUUAUUUUGGUGAUAAAUUAAAUUUAUAAAAUUAACAAAUGCUAUAAAAUUGUUAUAUUAAUAAUAAAUAAUGAGUCAUGAGAUUUUUUGAUAAAAUAUCA